GUGGGUGUGGGUGAGAGAGAGAGAGAUUCUGGCUGUGAGUGUGAGUGUGGGUGUGUUUUGGCUGGGACUCCGUGUCUAUCUCUGAGCAUCUCUCACUGGCUGGGUGUGUUGAGCAGAGAUCUCAGGCCCACACCCUGGGAGUGAUAAACUCGUGGGUAGAGCAAAUGUAACCUGUGCCGCACCUUUCCCUGGGCCUCCCUGCAGAGCGCACAGGCACAGCAGCUCCUGGCUUCUCCCCCCGGCCCAGGGAGGGCAGUGGGGUCUACUGGUUAGAGCAGGCAGGCUGGGAGCCAGGAUCUGCCCCCCAUGGCCUCUCCUGCCCCCCAAUUGGGGUCUCUCUCUGAGGAAUUCUCCUGCCCUGUGUGCCUGGACUGGCUGCAGGAUCCCGUCACCCUGCCCUGCGGCCAUGUCUACUGCCAGGGCUGCAUCGAGACAACGUGGGGCACCCUGGGUGUCCCCCCUGCCUGCCCUGAAUGCCGGGAGCCCUGCCCCGACAGGAGAUAUGCCCCCUGCAGGCUGCUGAGGAAGCUGAUCGACCAGGCCAGGGGGCUGAGCACUGGUGGGGCAGGGGAGGGGGCGCACCCAGGGGGCAGGUGCCAGGAGCACAGCGAACCCCGGAGGGUGGCAGGUGGGGCAUUCGCCGGUGAGCUGUGCAGGGAACCAGCCUCAUACGAAAACCUCCGCUUCCUCCCCAUCCACCAGGCCACUGGGCAGCAUCAGGAGGAGCUGCCCUCAGCCAUAGCCCAGCUGGAGUCCAGCCUCGCUGGGCUCCUGAAGCUGAAGACGGAGGAGGAAGAGAGGAUUUGGAACCACCAGGCGAUGGUGCUCAGCCUGGAGGAUCACAUCGCCACGGAGUUCGGGAAGCUGCGGGGCUGGCUGGCCGCCCGGGAGGAGGAGUGGCAGGAGAGGCUGCGGCGGGCGGGCAGAGCCCAGCUGCGGGCGAUGCAGAGGAACCUGCAGGAGCUGGCGGGGAAAUGCCAGGCAGCCCAGGAGAUGCUCACCGAGGCCCAGGCCCACCUGCCCCAGCAGAACACCAUGGAGUUCCUGACAGACAUAAAAUCCUCCCUGGACUGGGUGAAGCAGCAACUGGCUACCCCUUGUGGGCCGAAUACGGGGUCCCUAUCACAGACUCUGGGGCAAUUCAAAGGGCCGAUCCAGUAUACUGCCUGGAAGGACAUGAAAUCCAUCCUCAACAUAGAUCUCCCGCGGGUGACGCUGGAUCCCGCCACGGCUCAUCCCUGCCUGGUUCUCUCGGAGGAUCGCACCCGGGUCCGGGACGGCCACCUCCGCCGGCCCCUCCCCGACACGCCUGCCCGCUUCAAUUUCUGCGUGGCCGUGCUGGGUGCGGGGGCGUUCGCCUCCGGGAGGCGCUACUGGGAGGUGGAGGUCAGGGAGAAGCCGGCGUGGACGCUGGGCGUGGUCCACGCCUCCGUCAGCCGCAAAGGGAAGAUCCACGCCUCCCCCAGCAAGGGAUUCUGGGUCAUUCGGCUCCGGGGCGGGGCCGAGCUCAUGGCCAAGGACACGCCCCCGAUGGUGCUCCGCCCCCAGGCCCUGCCCCACAGGAUUGGGGUGUACCUGGACUAUGAAGGGGGCCAGGUUUCCUUCUACGAUGCCCGGGGCAUGGCCCACCUCUAUACGUUCAGCGCCCGGUUUGCAGAGAGUGUGUAUCCCUAUUUCUGCCCCGGGCUCUACGAUUCGGGGGGGAACGCUACCCCCCUGAAAAUCUGCCCCUUGCCCUGAGCCAGCUGCUCCUCUGCCCUGGGGCCGGAUCGGAGCCACAGCCCCCUAGAGGGGAGAGGCCCCGUGCUCCAUUCCCUGCCCCAGUUCUGGUGUCCACCACUCGAGAAGGACGUGGAUCGACUGGAGAGGGGGUCAGAGAAGAACCAGGAUUAAAGGAUUGGACAACCUGCCUGAGCAUGAGAGACUCCCGGAGCUCGAGGGGUUUAGAGGAACAAAGAGAAGGCCACGGGGUAACUAGAUCACGGGCCACAAGUACCUCCAUGGGGAACGGACGUGACUGUGGGCUCUUCAGUCUACCAGAGAAAGGUCUGACACGAGCCACUGGCUGUUAGACGGGUUCAGACGGGUAAUAAGGUACAAAUUUGUAACAGGGAGGGGAAUUCACCAUGGAAACAAUUUCCCAAAUGCUGUGGUGGAUUCUCCAUCCCUGGCAAGUUUUCAAUCAAGAGCAGAUGGGGUCACGGUGGCAUCCUGGCGCUAGGCCCUGGAUCAUCUGAAACAAUGCCGCAGACACGUGCUGGAUCCUCACAGGAGACAUUUCUAUGCUGCUCUAUGCUCCGUAAUUGGUGGGCGGGUGAUAAGAGGCGAAGACGCACUUGCGUUAAAGGUACCGGCGUGGGAACCAGGGCUCCUGGGUUCUGGCUAGAGGCGGUGGGAAAUUUUCCAAAGAUGGACCAUGUUCGUGUAGGGAAAAAAUGCCAUGGAAACAUUCUGAUGACAUUUCGGGGAGGAGGGACUGGCAGGCAGGGGAGAAUCACAUCAGGGCAUUUCGGGUUUUUUGCUUCAACGGGAUGUUUCGUUUUGAUUUUUUUGAAUUUUACAUUUGUCAUCGUUAUCAGCCCAACACUCUUUAGGUCGGAAGGACUGGAUUUGUAUCUGUCAACGUCAAUUUCACCGUCCGUGCCCCCAAACUGACCAAAAAAUAUCUCCAUUAGUAAUCAUUGAACUGGACAGAUAAUCAAAGACAAAUGUGGCUUGUGAACUUUAGAGACGAUCAUUAUGUUGAAAUCACUCCCCGAAUUUCCUGCAACUGAGAAAGUUUAAAUUGAUAACAAAAAAUAAAAAAGGUUAAAAAUAACCAUCAAUAUCCGUCCAAAUUAUAAAUUACGAAUCUAGUUCUCCCCAGCCGAAUAUUCAUAGAAUAUAAAUUUAAGUCAAAAUUAAACUUAGACGAUGAUGUGCUAUAUAGAAUAUUUAAAUAUCAUGAUAUAUGUAUACUUAUACAAUGAAUAUUUUGUAUACAAUAUUUCAUAGACUGGCUUUUUAAAAAUUAUAUAAACAAUUGUCUACUUAAUAUAAUUAUACAUAACUGUUUAUAGGAAAUAAUUUUUGGUAAAGGUUGAAAUCGGACCAUAACAUUUUGAUUGACGCAAAGUGAUUUUUUUUCCCCAAACGUCAUUUUUCAAAAAAAUUUCAAAAUAAAAGAAUUUUGGGGGAACUGAAAUAUUUUUGAAAUCUUGGUGUUUCCUGCUCAAUGGAAAAGCCGCUUCUUGCCCAACGUUUGUUCU